AGGUUAGGUUAGGUUAGGUACCUUUAUCUUGCUCGCCAUUAUAGAUAUCGUUCGCUGAAUAGGAAUUUAUGGCCAAGGUCUUGGUCUUCGUCCGGUGGGUUGUUGGCUCAGUCGUAGUAAGAGGUAGUCAAGGUAUGCGGAGUCCACGUGAGUUGGUCAUCUUCGGUUCGAUUUAUUCUGUCGUUUUUCUCGGCUCGGUGAAAUGUGAUGAACAGGAAUUUUCAGGCUUAAGAUGGACUGGAUCCACCCCCAAGAAAAGAUACUGGGAGAUGAUAAACUGGAGGGUAUCAUUGGAGGGAAACCCUUCAGCCUACCCACAUAUUAUUUCACAGACUUUUUAUUGUUUGUGCCCCAGCGAUCCUCUCUUUUACCCCAGGGGGUUCCCCUCCUUUUCCACUUAAUAAAGUCGAACCAACAAUCUUUGGAGGUCCUGACCCUCUCACUUGGUGGUAAUAUACUCCACGUGAGAGAUCUUCAAACGUCUGGGUAGUGUAAUUUAGCACAGCCGAACCCGAAGCUACGAUAUACUGUUACAAUGGCAUACGCCUUAGGUAAUUCGACAUACGUACUGUAGUAAACAAAGUCCUAACUACCUCCUACCUAAGCUAAGGCUGGUUGUUUAAACUGGGAACAUGGAAGCGUUGAAACCCGCUGUUCGGUGAGCGUGGUGUAAGAGGCUUCUCUAAAAGCCAAGGUAUUUUCUCACGUUAACCCUUGCAAGGCACAGAUAAUCAUAAUAUUCAAUGCAGCUUAUUUUGUCCAAGAAACAAAAACGGAAAUCUUGAUAUUAGACUGUAGGGGAUGUACUAUAUACUAUUCUCAAAGCAAGAUUAUUAAGUGUGAACGAUGUACUAUACUUAGACUGUCAUGUCUCAAUCGGGUGACGACAACUUAUGAAUAGGUUAGGUUAGGUACGCAUUGGAAAACGUGCAAUGUAACGAGACCCAGAUGUUACUCUACUAGAAUUAAGCAGGCAGGUCAGAAUAGUACUUGUCCGUUAAUCCGCUUCGAGCUAUCCCACUACGAGCUAUUCCAUUACAAGCUGGAAAAUAAGUACAGCUCCGUCUGGGGAUGGUGGCGCAUAUCGUUACCCCUCACGGCAAUAGGGGCAUUUCUUUUUUUUUCUCCUUCCGUGCGGAGGGAGCUAGUAG